AUGGCGGACACUGUUAAGCCUGCGCCCGAGCCGCACGCUCCCUCUUUGCACGAGCGAGAUCAAAUUUCACUCGAACACGAGUCCGACGCGAUCAGCGAAGUCAGCACCAACAAGAACUUUGCGACCGCCCUCCUUACCAACAGCUCAGAUGCUACCGCCACCCAUGCUCGAUACAUCACUGGUCGCAAAGAGCUCUGGACCUACUACCUCUACUACGUCGGCCAGUGUGGUCUCAGUCUGUUCAACUUUGCUCCGACGCAGUUUCAGAACCUCUUGUCGCAGGAGGCGACUAACCUUGGUGCCGGAACCUGUGGCGGCGAUGACCAGCCAGAGUGCCGCCUGCUUUUCGCAGGCAAGGAGCGAACGAUCGAAAGCAUUGUGUUGCUGAGCAACGGCAUUUCGUUCGCCAUCCAGGCCGCACUUUUCAUCGCCAUCGGUAGCACGGCGGACUAUGGCAAGAACAGGCCCCUCAUCCUGAUCGUUUCGACCGCGCUUUCCAUCGGUCUCAGUCUCGGCUGGCUUGGUGUCACGACACCGGAAAAGUGGCAGGUCGCAACGGGCAUGUACAUGGUUGGUCUCAUUGCGUAUCAGCUCUGUCAGACCUACUGGACGGCUGCCUUCCCGGGCCUUGCCAGAGACCUGCCGCACAUGCGCGAAGCUCGCCAGAGGCUUAUCGAGGACUCGAACAUCGCUGCGACAACCGAGACCAAGGACGUCGAUGACAAAGCGACCACUCCAGCCGUCGAAAACAUCACCGAGUCUGUUUCUGGUACGAACGACGAGGGUCGCAUGACAGCGGACAAGUACAGCCUGCUCGAGACCAUGGCCAUCAAUCGCAUCUCCAACAUCGCCUUUACCGUCUGCUCCGUCGGCGAGCUCGUGGUUCUUGCCGUCAUCCAGGGCAUGCUCUACGGCAUUCACGCUGAUCGUGACACGCAGUCCAACACCACGGCUCUCUCCGCUAUCGUUGCCUUCGGCGGUGGAGUGCAGAUCCUCUGCUCGAUCCCGUACUUCCUCGCCAUGCGCUGGCGGCCUGGCCAGCCCCUCCCGCCGGGCACCAACUACCUCACUGCUGCCGUCAAACAGGCUUUUCUCGCAGCAAAGCAUCUGCGACAUCUGCGUCAGACGCUCAUCUACCUCAUCUUUUAUUUCCUCUUCUCAGACGCGCUCAACACCACCGUCACCGUCAUCUCGACCCUUCAAUAUGCAACGACCUCGUACUCGGCCACGACGUCCAACAUCCUCCUCAUCGUCGGCAUUGCAGCCCAGGCAGUCGGCAUCUACACCUUCUGGCUGAUCCAAAAACGAUUCCAGCUCUCCACCUUUACAAUGUUCUGCGCCGUCAUCUUCUUCACCCUGCUCCUCCAGGUAUGGGGUUUCAUCGGCAUCUUCACUCAACGCUUCGGGUUCCACAACGAAUGGGAGUUCUAUGUUUAUCAGGCAUACUACGGCCUAGUGGUGUGCCCGUGGUAUGCUUACGGGCAGACGAUGAUCGCAGAGGUGACGCCGAAGGGUACAGAGUUCCUCUUCUUCAGCCUCUUCUCGAUUGUGGGCAAGGGCUCGUCCUUCAUCGCCCCGUUCAUCACACAGGCCAUCGCGGACGACACUGGAAACGCCAGCACGCCGUUCUACUUCUUGCUCGCACUCAGCGCGGCAAGUUGCGUCUUACUCUGGCCACUCGAUCUCAAGAAGAGCAAGAUUGAACAGGCUCUCUUCAUCCAGCGCGAGGCGGAGGAAAAAGGUCUCGCCAAAAGCGACAUUGUUACACCGCAAACUGUCGCUCAAGUGUCAAGUCACAACGCUUAG